UGCAAGGGUGUCAGACAACGUUAUCUGGACAGGAGUAUUCCACCUUCCACUCAGUCGUCAGACUCCCAACCCAACGUCUCAUUGCUUUACCCCUCUCGAGAGCCUUGCAAUCUUUGAACUUCAUCUUUCAUUUUGAACCUUCAACUAGCAACGAGUCAAACAAGCGGCUUCUCCUAGGUUCGUUCAACAUGGCGGACCCGUUGUCUAUAGCGGGCAGCGCUGUGGGGAUAAUCUCCCUCGGCAUUCAGGUUGCGCAGUCACUCUACCAGUUCUACAGUACUGCUAAAGGCCAGCAUUCCGACGUUGCUCGCACUCUGCGAAAACUUCAAGACCUGCAAUCCUUGCUCGAGAGGUUGGACACCCACCACCGCUGUCGACCCAACCCUUGCUUUGGGCUUUGUUUCUUCUUCUUUUCGUUCAGUGAUAAGUUCAAACAAGAUCCAUCAGCUAUGCUCCGGGCGCUCAUUCUGCAGUUAUCCGACCAACUAGACUACAUUCCACCCGCAUUGAAAAGAAUUCACGAUUUAGGACACAACCACAACGUCCCACCGUCGAGGGUAGAGCUGCUUCAAUGUUUCCGUCAGGUCGUACGAUGUUUCCAUGAUGUCCACAUUGUUUUGGAUGCACUGGACGAGAGCCCUCAAGGUGAACGCCGAUCUAGUCUGCUGGAAACAUUACAAGAAAUUCGGGCUUGGUCAGAGCCGGGACUGCAUCUUUCGGUAACCAGCCGAGACGAGGUCGACAUUCGCGAAGGAAUCGAUGCAGAGCAAAAAAUGGUCAUCUCAUUGAAGAACGGAGGAAUAGAUGAUGAUAUCGCUAGCUACGUCUCACAACACCUUCAACAACGUCUUAGAGAAUGGAGCAAGCAUCAUCCUUUGAUUAGGAAAAUCUUGAUUGAAAAAGCGCAUGGCGUUUUUCGUUGGGUCGAGUGUCAGUUCAAAACAAUCGAGACGUGUCCAAGAAGCAAACAGGCUCUCGAUCGGCGACUUCAAUCGUUGCCUCCUACCUUGGAUGAGACCUAUAAAAGAAUGCUAGAGACCGUCCUCGAAGAAGAAGAAUACGCCAGGCAGAUGUUGACAAUCCUCUGUUGCGCUGUGGUACCAUUGACUGUGCCGGAAAUGAUCGACGCUAUGGCAGUCGAGAUCGGCACCACGUCCUUCUGGAACCCAGACCGCCAACUUCCAGAUGCAGACGCCCUUCAGGAGAUUUGCCCAGGUUUUACCGAGACAGCCAUGGACCAUGAAAGAGGAACAAGCGUCAUCCGUAUUGCCCAUUUUUCUGUACAGGAAUAUCUCGAAUCCGAUCGAAUUCUUCUGCAAGAAGGCAGCGCUUCGUUCAGUAUACGAAAACCCUAUGGGAACCUAAUGCUAGCAUCAAUGUGUCUCACAAUGCUGCUCGAUUCUCGAUUCCGUACACUCGAGCUUCGCGAAAUUUACCAACAGCAUCCUUUUGCGAUUUACGCUGCAAGGCAUUGGCCAAACCAUUGGCAGAAGAGCAAUGAGACUGACGCCACAUUAGCAUUAUGUGGUGACUUUAGCCACCGCCAUCCUAAAGUAUCCCACGGUAAACUCAUCCUGCGACUGCAAGAUCAGAUGAUUCUUUUUUUCAGAGACUCGAACGGGGGGCAAUGAGGAUUUGGUAUGAAAUAGUCGAGCCUUACUGGAACAAUUGGUUGGAGAGAGAGAUGGACAAAGUGGCGUCUCCACUUUACUAUGCUUCUCAUCUCGGCGCUCGUUUCUUGGUAGAGGGCCUGUACGAGACGUGGAAAGACCGAUGC